AGCACUAUGGGUAUUGUAGAAAAAAUUCAAGAAAUUGAGCGUGAAAUAGGCCGGACACAGAAGAAUAAGGCUACAGAGUAUCACUUGGGUGUUCUCAAAGCAAAAUUGGCCAAAUACCGACAGGAGUUGUUAGAGCCUUCUGCAAAAGGUGGAGGUUCCAAAGGAGAAGGUUUCGAUGUUAUGAAGAGUGGAGAUGCUAGAGGUUAUUUUUCUUUGAGUUUUUUAGAGUGA